CCGCCCUCUCCUCUCGCCUUCUCUAUAAGCUCUUCUCUCUUUAUUUCUCUACUCCGUCUGUCGCUCUUCUUCCAGGGCUCCAGUGGCGUCCGCAUUCCUCCGCCAUUACUCCUCUCUGUACCACUGUAGAUAACUCGUGAUACAUAAUUUAGUGGCCAAGUAAUAGUUAUGCCCCUGUUGAAAAGAAAGCCGUUUCCCUUGGCUGAUUCGCCCAAAGAUUUGGAGAACCAUGAGCUUGUAUAUCAAGUUCGGUUCACUAAGGAGGUAUUCCGCGAUUACAGUGAGUAUCUGAGUAGGAUAAAUUUAUACCGUCGAAGAGUUUGGAUGUGUAAGUUCACUGGAAAAAGUAAUUUGACAUACGAGGAGGCUCUGGUGUCUGAAAAAUGUGCUGCAGAGAAGGUUCAGCAGUUCCCUAAAGAUCUUAUCGUCCCUGCUCUACAGAUUAUCCAAUACAGCAUGUUGUCUCUGAAAGAUCUUGCAGACACAAUUGCCGUGAAGUUACAGGAGUUUCUGUUUGUUGGUACAGAAUUGUAUGGAAGGAGGGAAGAUCAGAUUUAUCCAUGCAAAAUUGUCAAAGUGCUUGAGAAUGAUGCUGGUGACGAAUUACAAUAUGAGGUAGUUUGGCUCGACAAAAAUAAGAAAGUAACAGAAACGGCAUUAUUGAACGUAGAGGAUUUAGUACAGAAAAAGCCUCCUUUGAGCAGAAGGUUUUUGAAGUCGUUCAUUCGGGAAUCUACAUAUCGCAGUGCUCCUUGGGUACUUCAUGACAAACUAGCACAAAAUCAUGGAAUUUCAACUGAUCUUCCCCAAGAAUUGAGAAGCAAAGCCUUUUUCCGUGAUGGGCUUUUAGUUUGCAAUAAAAAGAGAAAAACUAACGACAUGGAAGCAAGUAAUCCUGGAAAAUGUAAAAGGAGGGACAGGGCGAAUGGCUCAACUGCAGAAAAUGGUGCAAACAAAGCAGAAGGUCUUGAUGAAGAUAUCAAAUAUCCAAUUGAUGAUCUCUUAGUGCAGCCUGGUGUGGAUGAUCCAGUUUUCUCAGAACGACCUUCUCCUUCGAGGGAAUUCAAAGUUCCAAUGAACUGCGUCGGAGAUCUUUUGAUGGUUUGGGAUGUUUGCUCGUCUUUCAGUCGACUUUUGAACUUGUGGCCAUUUUCUCUUGAUGAUUUAGAGCGUGCUAUCUAUCACAAAGAAAGUAAUGUACCUCUCCUUGUGGAAGCACAUUCAGCAUAUUUCCGUUUGCUUUUAAAAGAUAAUGGAGAAUAUUCCUCACUUGUUGAAGGAAAAAAGCGGAAGAUGAAGAUUACAUUAGUUAACUGGACAGAGUACCUCUGUGACUUCCUAGAAAUGAUUGGGAAUCCUAAAUUAUGUGCCAACACUGCAACUAUUAAACGAGGUCACUAUGGCCUUUUGGAUACUCACGUCAAACUGGGAAUCUUAUGCGAGCUGGUUAAUCAUUCCCUGGAAUCAAAUAUAUUCAGGGAAAAGUUAGAUGAAAUUAUUGAACAGAGGCAGGCACUUGGAGCUACCAGAAGAGGGGAAGCCUUGGAAGAAGGCCGAAAGAGAAGAGAAGAGAAAGAACGCUUGAAAUCCGAGCCUAUGUCCAAUGGACAUGUAAAUGGGCAUCUUACAGAUCCCGAAAAGAGCGAAAUAUCCAAAUCUGAUCCUGGAAGACGGUGUAAAGAUUCAUCAAAAAAUAGGAAUGGGGUGGUUAUAUCAACUCAAAAUGGUCUUUCCCCUGUAAAAAGUGAGGAUGAUCAUCCUAUUGCUUAUUUGAAGAAAAUGGCCAAGAAGCGGAAUAGUGAUGUAACAGUUUCUACUUCUACAAAUUCACCAAAGAAGGAAGCAAAGGAUCAUAGGAUGGAAUUUCUUGAUAAGAAUACCAUAAAAGAGAGGAGGGAAUAUUACGAGCGGGAGUUGGAGAAACGCUCGAUAAAAACGAAUCCCUUGGGUAAAGACAGAAAUCAUAACAGGUAUUGGUGGUUCCGUCGUGAUGGAAGGAUUUUUGUAGAGAGCUCAGACUCCAAGGAGUGGGGAUAUUACAGUAGCAUAGAAGAGCUUGAUGCAUUUAUAGGCUCACUGAAUUGCAAGGGGGAGAGAGAGAGAGAACUCGGCAAGCAUCUCGAAAAAUCUUAUAGAAGAAUUUGCGUUGAACUCAACAAGAGAUCGAAGGAUAUAACUAACCAAAUAGCAGCAGAGGAGGCGGUGCUACGACGAUCCACACGCGUUCGUGCUCCUCCUAGGGAAAAUCCGGCUACUGCGUAUCUGAGAUAUGUUAACAGGUGGAAGGAGGAUUGAUUGAUUGAUCCAAAGCUAGUUUUUUAUUGAUUGAGAUAUGUUUAUGUUUUUGUUCUCCUCAACUUGGCAUGGUUGGUGGAGAUGUGUGUGUGAUAUAGCGAUGGUAACUGAAAGAGAGUGAGGGGUGAGAAGUGGGGGAGCAGUGGGAAGAGAAGGGAUGGGGCAAUUUUUUUUCUUCAGCUCAUUCCAUUAAAAGCUUCACCGUAUGAUUAACUUCUUUUUUUUUUUUUUUGUAAAGGAUCGCCUUAGGCAUUCUUUAUUUGUAGCAUCAAACAGCUAACAAAUUACUAUAACAGCCAAACAUCUGAGUUACUGAAAGGGCUGGUGGGUGCCCCCAGGAUUGUUCAUGGUUUAGACUUGUAUAUGAUAUAAGAUAUUUAAGGAUAUUAGAUAAAAUAGAUCGAUUUAUUA